GGGAGGUUUGUUUCAUUUUCAAUUCUCUUCUGUCUGGGAGUUUCUGCUGCCACUGAAGCAAGAUGGCAGAAGUGAAUAUUUCAGUGCUAAAGGAUUGUUUUCUCUGCUCUGUCUGUAAGGAGAUUAUGAAGAAUCCCGUCUCCCUUAUCUGUGGGCACAAUUUCUGCUCGAGGUGUCUUAAAAAAGUUCCUGGUUGGUAUGGAGGGUACACAUGCACUCUGUGCAAAGAAAGAUUCUCUUCAGGGCCUGCUGUUAACAUAAACACAUUGCUGGCAGAAAUCAUAGAGAAAGUGAAGAAGGAAGAGCUGAGUUAUACGACUUUGAUGAGUUACACAGGAUCUGAGGUCGUGCCCUGCGACGUAUGCACAGGGGGAAAUGUGAAAGCUCUGAAGACCUGCCUGACGUGCCUGGCCUCUUACUGUGAGACUCACAUUCAGCCCCACAGAGAGUCUGCAGCACUGAGGAGACACAAACUGGAGCAGCCAAUAGGAAACAUCCAUCAGAAGCUCUGCCCACAGCACCUCCGACUGCUGGAAUUCUUUUGCCGGAAAGAUCAGAGGUGCAUCUGCUCUGAGUGUGUGUUAACUGAGCACAAAGGCCAUGAACUGGUCAGGCCUGAACUGGAAAGCUCUGAGAAGAAGAAAGAGGUUAAGGUGACAAUAGACAAGAUUAAACAAGGAAUCUACAAGAAAGAGAAACAGAUGAUGGACACACGAGUUGCUGUGGAGAAAUUGCAGAGGGACACAGCAAAUGGAGUGAGGGAAUAUGAGGAUAUUUUCAGAUUUCUGUCUUCAGAGGUAACUAAGCUGAUCAGAGAUAAUGAGAAGAAUCAAGUGAGGAAAGGUGAUGAGCUCAUGAAGCAACUAGAGAAGGAGAUCGAGGAGCUGAAGAGGGAAGGCACUGAGCUGGCAGAACUCUCACAAGUUGUGGACCACAUCCACUUCCUUCAGAAGCUCUCAUCUGUGGCUCUCCCUAAUGAAGAUGAAAAUACAGCUACAGUUGUCGGAGACUUGCUGCCUGAGCCUUUGAGGAAGAGCCUGUCUGAUGUGAUAAAAUAUAUGGAAGAAUACAGUGGCUGGGGGAUUCCAAAACCUAAAGGGCUUCUUGAACAAUCUACAAAAGCGACGAGCAGAAGUGAACCACUGAAUGAACCUGCUAAGUUUGUCCAAAAAAAUUCCUUGCCGGAUCAAAGCUUAGAGAUUAAGAACACGACAGCCAUGCCAGAUCCUGAUCCAAAAAGUUCAAGUGGUGUAAGGUCGCUCUUCUCAUCAGGUGGAAGUACACCAUCGAAAACAUCUGUUGUUAACAUUGAAGUUGAUGGGACAGAGAGAACCCUCGGUGCCGGUGAAGCUUUCUUAGGAAAACUUACUGAGAAACUGAGGAGAAAUCAAACUCAACUGAACACAAGCAAACUUACCAACAGCACUGACACGCUAGUGCUGGUCUUCUGUCCAGUAGCUUCGCGAAUAUUAACAGACAUUAAUGGGGCACUUCAGUCCAUUUUAUCAAAGAAGAACGUCAUUUUGGUUGUCAUGCAUCACACUCACAAACCUGGCCACACAGUGACCGAAAGCAAAAGGCUGGUUCAACAGAGCAAUGUGAUGGAAACAGUUGACUGUCUUUUCUACGAAAACCAAGGCUUACUCGAUUGUUCAUUAAAUAGUGAAUCGUUAGAAAAGGUUGCUAAUAUACUUGGGGGUUCACUUCAAAUGCAACAUUAAUAAAGGCAUGUAUCCCACCAGAGACAGGAUGCUGGUUCUAAAUCACACAAGCCUUAUAAUGAGCAGGGAUUUGCUUUGAUUAAAAGGUAACAAUCAUGAUUUUCUAUUCUUUUAACGGUGAAAAGUACUUACAUAAAUAAGAGUUUUAAAAAUAUCAUGGCGUGAACUGCUGCAGCAGUUUUGCAGUCUAGUGGUAUCACUUGUCUAGUAUUGUACAGUACAAUCACCACAUUGAUUCUUGGGCUCUGAGCUUUUCCACCAGCUCAAUACAAGACCAGUAACUUUGCCGAUUCAUAUUUUUCUGUUGAUUUAUGUGAAAAUGGCUACAUUGUUUUAUGCUGUAUUUUUUUCAGAGCUCUCAAGUGAGAGUAUUUUUGUUAUUAAAUGAAAAAAAAUGUAACUGCCCCCCAUUAGUAACUGUGUCACUUCAUUUAAUUACAUGAUUGUAUGUAAAUGCAGAGGUUUAUAAUCUAAUCUAAUCUACGGUGAAUCUAGGAAGUGUAUCCUAGUAUCUAAAAGUUUCUCUCUUAGAGAACUUUAAUGACUGAGCUGCCAAUUUUUAAUUUAAGUUAACUACCCAAUAUUAUUUAAUAUUUUUUUCUGAUGAGCAAUCAAAUAUGUUAUGUUAUCAAACUGUAAUUAAGGAAAUGAAGCUCUAGUUUCCUAAUAGUAUUAUAUCUUUCUUUUUAAAAACAAAAGUGAAAUGGAUAGUCUGUUUAUUUAUUCUGUACAUUGUUCAUCUUAAUCAUCUCCCUACAAUCCAGUAUUAGCUUAUUAUGGAGACACAGUGGUAAUGUUGCAGUAAGAAAGCAGUUCUUUAUAAAUGUGUGAUUCAAUACCACUGUGCCCCCUAAUAAGUUAUCCAUUGAUUAAACUAUAAAAUGAAAGGAUGGAUGGAUAAGAAGCUGAAUACAGAUGAGAUUUAUUGGUCAUAGCCUCCCUGCUGUAAGCCAAUCACAGGGGCAGGAGGGAUCUUAAAGCCUGCUGUGCCUCACACAGCCAAUCACAUGCAUGCUGAGAGUCUUUGUCUAAUGGGAAUCCUUCGACUUUGGACACUUCUCAGCUUAGCACGAGUACAAAAGAACAUGUUGCUAUAAUGAGGUGGAUGUGGAUGCAAAGGAGCAUACUUUUAACAGGUACACUCCAAGAUUUUAAAACUUAAAAAGUUAACUAAAAGACUAACUUGUAAAGCGGUACAAUGGUAAUGUGCUAAGAGACCUAUCCCUGUUUAUUUUAAGUGUCUGUUUCAUGGUAUCACUUUAAUUGUUUGACUGUUUUACAGCAGCAAUCAAUUAUUUUGCAGACUGUUUAUGUUUUCUGUGUCUCUGUAUGCUUAUUGAUCAGAUUCCCAGUACACAGUAAGAGGGAAAGUUUUAAUGGCUCAAUAAAAUACUCAUUAUUUA